AUGGCGGAACCGCCGAGGCCUGGGCCGCGACUUGUAUUCGUAAAUUCCAAUAUUCUCACGCUAUCUUCCACUCCCGAUACUGCCCUCAAAAUGACCCAUCCUAUGGUCCUAGAUAGUGCGCCCCACACGCUUGUAGGACACACCCUAUGCCAGUCGGUAGCGCCCCAAGAGGCCCUGGAUCCCGGAUCAGAGAGAGUGCCAGACAGCCGACUGACGACAAACCUCCAAUUGACGUUUGGUUUCCCUAAACAAGGCACUGACCACGGCUACUCGCGUGUUGAGUGUUGGAUAGCUACCAAGGCGAAUCCCGCUCGUGACGAUGGCGCCGGAAGCUCUUCUGCUAGUAUAGGCAACUGGGCAACUGCAAAGCAGCUAAUUGCGGCUGUGCCAUGCCUGGAUCAUUAUUAUAGGAAACAGCUGAAAGUACGCAAGAUUACUGCAUCACAGUUCACCGUACGGCCUCGUAAAAAGCAGAACCGUGGGCCACCUAGCCCGCCAGGUGUACCUAGCUAG